AUGACUAGCUCAAGGGCCAGCAUGGCCUUCUGGCCUAAGCAGAUGAUACCUCCCACACCUGAAAACUACAAGGAGCUCGCAAAAGAUGGCGCAGAAAGGCUAGCUGCCGUAUCUCUAGAGCAGAUCCCGGCUAUUCCGGCCGGUGCCGUGAUUCACGACAACGGCUGCGGACACGGUUCUGCCACGGCCGUCAUCAUGGCCUCUGUGGCUCCAGAAGUCGCUGCGACUUAUAAAAUCACGGGGACGGAUAUCUCAGGUGGAGCGGUGGAAGUCUAUUGUGACCGAGCGGACACUCAAGGCUGGCCUGCUCAGGGUCUCGUCAUGGACUCUGACAAUCUCAAGUUUCCAGACGAAACUUUCACUCACUCCAUCGGCAAUGCGCUGAUCUUCGUGGGGCCUCGCAACAAUGGGCUCGACGCUACCAAAGAGAUGUAUCGCACGCUCAAGCCCGGAGGGACACUCAUACUAAACUGCUUCGCCUAUGUGCCUGUCCUAGAGCCUAUCCGUGAGGCUUCUCGAGUAACCCGCACAGGGGCCAUACUGCCGGCCUGGACGUCAUUUGCAGAAUGGACAGAUCCAUCUGUUAUAGCGAAUGUUGUGGAGGCCGGUGGGUUCAAAAAGGAGUCCAUAAAAGUCGAGCAGCGCGAGAUGUUUGUGAAUAUCGGAGAUUUUGAUCGCCACACUGAGUUGGUCUGGAGCAUGAGAGGAAUGCCGAGCACUGGCUGGAGCCGAGAAGACGAGGAGAGGUGGGACGAGGCGUUGGAGAUUGUGAGGCGUGAAAUGAGAAAGACUGAAGGUUUCAAGACCCUCGACGACGGCACCACGGUGAUACGAAAUAUCAUCAAUGUGGCAACGGCGACCAAGUAA